UUUCUUUGUUCUUUUUUAAUUAUUUAUUAAGGGAGCCGGUAAGGAAGUCCAUUCCACCACCCUGGCUGCUUAUAAUGAUCGUCUAGCUUCAGAGAGGGCAGUGACCCAAGUCUUCCCCUGUUUUUGGGUCCUCAGCUUACAACAAUGGUUGGCGAAGUUGAAACUCCAACAUCUGGCCCAACGGUGGACGCCGACGAGACAACAAGUUCUCCUCACCAACCAAUCAACGACCAACUGGCUAUGGUACCUCUGCCAGUGCCAACUGGGGACACUCCUCUGACCACUGACUUCCAGAAUGAACUAGGUCUAAUUGCAACUCCUAGUACUAUUGGUGGACCAUUUAAUUCUCUCUCAGAAAUGUCUAUGUUGUGCGGUGGUGUGUCUUCUGAUCCCAGUGGUGUGGAGAAACAUGACUAUGAUUUUGAGAAAGCUCAGACAAUGCCAUCACAAAUCCACAAUCCUGAUGAUGAUACCUUCCAUGGUUCUGCCAUGUCAAGAAUGCCUUUGUCUUCUGAUUCAUACCCUCAGAGCAAGGGCAUGGAGGAAGCUGCCAUAGAAAUUGGUGGGCUUCAAUCAGCUGUCGUAAAACUCCAGAUUCAGAAUGGACCAAGUUUGCGCACUCCAGAUAAUUCUAGUGAGCUAUUCAGUAUUCCCCCAGAGGCAUGUCUUUCUGGUGGGGCUUUGUCUUCUGAGCCGAAUUAUGCAGAGAAACAUGAACAUCAUACUCAGAGAACUCAAGCAACACCAGUUGACAUUGUAUUUCGUGAUGGGUCCGAACCAAGAAUCGGGUGCAAGGAAAGUCAUCUGUCACCAGGGUUGCCAGAUGCAGUCACCAGGGCUACUGAAGUAUCUGCAUCUUCAGGUUCACCAGCACCAGCUUCUGAAGUGACUUUGUCUUCAUUUUCCACGCCUCAUCUGCCUUGUUUGCAAGCACCCAUGCUGCAGAUUGGAGGGACUCAAUUGAGCAAUGAUGAAACCCAGACCACAUUGGUUGAACCUUCGAGUUCAACAGACAUAAUGAAACCUGCAAGGCAUCCACCUUCCCUUCCUUAUGACAUACAGCCAUUAUCCCAUUCAAACUUAGCACCAGCUAGGGAAGCCUGUGAUCCUGUUCAAGAAAGCCAAAGCCCAUUGUACAGUGAAGAACACAUACGGCAGCAAGACUAUGAUCCAGUCGAUGGUUCAUUUCCAACUGCCACUGUGAAUAGAGGUAGAUACACAGGCCCGAAUGCCAUGCCGGUUCAGUACUCUCCAUAUGAAAGUUCCCAAAUAAGGAGAUCUCCAGUGCAAGAUUACUACCCUAAUGAGCCCAAUUAUCGGCUCCCGCGCUAUAGGCAGGGAGCUCGAUACCAAGGACAAAGGGAGAGCUCAAGUGCUUCAGAAUUGACCUAUGAGCGUCGGUCAUUUGGUGGUCAGUAUCAAGGACAAGAAUAUGAUGUCUCUCGACCAUAUAGAGUUAGUAACCGAUGGCAGAGGUACUACCCUGUUAAUGAUAUACCAGAUGACAGGCCCUGGUCUCGUGGACGGUCCUGCCCUGUUAAUGAUAUACCAGAUGACAGGACCUGGUCUCAUGGAGGUCGACAUCGAGGGCGCGAUUAUCAUGAUAGCAAUGGUGACAACUUUGAUGAUGUGAGCCAACCAUUUGAAGUUCGAUACAAAGAGCAGGUCUAUCAUCUUGGAAAUGUGGAGUCUGAUGAUAUGGCUCAACCACAUGCACAUCAAUACAGAAAGCAUGAUUAUUCGGAUGGGACUAAUUUCUUGAAUGAUAUGCGGCAACAACGCAGAGUUAGAUAUCAACAGCAAAGUCAUUGCCUUGAUGAGCGAUACUUGGGAGAAGCACCUCUACCAUAUGGAAGUCAUCAUGAGACACAAGAGGACUGGCCUGCAGGGAAAAACUGCCCAGCCAUGCCGCAACCAUGUAGAGUUCAUUACCAAAGACAGGGGAAUCGGCUUGGCGACAACACUGUGGAUGGGGCGCCUCCUCAUCAUACCUCUCAAUACCAAGGGAGACAGAGUUGGUCUAGCAUUGAUGACUUUGCUGAUGUGCAGAGAAGUGAACGAGAACCAGCUAACUUCCCUGGCAAUAACGAUUUUGCUGAUAUGCCAAGGACUGAACGAGAACCUGCUAAUUUCCCUGGCAAUAACGACUUUGCUUACGUGCCAAGAACUGAACAAGAACCUGCUAACUUUCCUGGCAAUGAUGACUUUGCUGAUGAGCAGAGAACCGAAAGAGGAUCUGCCAACUUCCUUAGCCGUGAUUCUAUCCACAACGUGGCUUCUGAAUGGAAGGAUCACUCUCAGAGACCUGAAUUUGCAGAAUUUAAAUCUCACGAUGUUUUUCCAACCAACCAUGAGACACAGGGAGGUGAUUUUAAGGGAGUGUAUCAAACAAGUGCUGAUCCUGAAUUUCAGAAAGACCCACACAGAAGUCAGAGGUCCUGCUAUCGUGCUUAUGUGUUGAACCAUGAACUGCAAUCACAGAAAGAUCAGUACUAUGGUAUUGGAUCAGCUUCAAAGGAUGAAAACACCCCACAGCUCACUGGAGAAAAUUGUGCCACGGGAGGAAAAAUGUCCUCCCAAGCUGGUGAGGGAGUGGGCUGUGAAUCGGGCACUCUUGUUUGUGAUAAUAUUGUUAGUGUGCCAAACUCAGUAAAUGUAGUGAUUGGAGAAAGGAAUCGAGCUGGUGGGAGAAGUGGUGGUCGCAUCACAGGCAAUCGCAUUCUCCGCUGAUUGGCAUGCGCAUGCAACAUAGCCAUCACUUAAUCUGUGCAUCUCUUCUUUUCUUGACCUUGUUCUUGGUCGUGAUGUAAUUUAUUAUGCAGUUUGCAGCUCUAUCUGUUAUUGUUGCACUAAAUAAUCCUUUUUAUAAGGACAUGAUUGCCGCAUUUCAGUCUCUUGUCUUCUCCAUGUUAUCUUGAGUUUCCACAGUUCUGAGAACUUUGUGCUGAUGUACGCAUUCUUGUAUUGCUCUGGAUUUCCCCUUGGUAUCUACUUGUGUUACUCCAGAACUCCCGAUGGUAUGUGGUG